AUCCACCGAAAUCUGCUCUCCCUCUCUCAAACUUUUUCGGACUCCUAUAGAGAGGGAUUGCAACCUUCGAUCCAAAACUGUGGCUUUCGAUCCUCACUGUCUUUUUCAAUACUGUUACGCAGAAGAGUCAAAUAAAAUUUCUGAAACCGCGUUUUACAGAGAAGCUGGUCAAGCAUUCUCACAGGUCAAACCAGAAAUCGAUAGAAGCAGAAAAGCAAGUGAUUUAAAAAAAAAAAAGAAAAAAAAAGAAAAAAACUGAAAAUAUAAAGGAAGAAAACUAAAAUAAUCCAGUUCUGGGUAGUGGGUAACGUUUACCGUCUUCAAAUGUGAUAAGGAAGCAGCCAUGAAAGAUCCUUCCCAGCAAUCGCCGCCUUUAAAUCGAAGGUUCGGCUCCAUUUUCCCAUUUCAAGUGGCUUUGAAGCCCGAUCUCUUGUCUCUGUUUCAUGGGCAACACAUGCCGAGGAUCUUUUGGGAGCAAACACUUUCAGGGCUACAGCCAGCCCGAGGAUCGAUCGAUCUCUAGGCGAAAUACUUUAGAAUCUACGAUUUCUGUUCAUUCGCCAAGUAGCUUGAACACGCAGCAGCUGAUUGUUGACGAGUUCUCCAAAGAAAAUCAAAAGAAGGAUCUUAAUAGCCCAACUGGAAAGGACAACAUGAGGCGAGGAAUCGAUAACCAGGCUUAUUACGUAUUGGGUCACAAGACUGCUAACAUCCGUGAUCUUUACACUUUGGGUCGUAAGUUGGGUCAAGGACAAUUCGGCACUACUUACUUGUGCACAGAGAUUGCUACUGGUUUUGAAUACGCUUGCAAGUCUAUCACAAAGAGGAAGCUGAUAUCUAAGGAAGAUGUGGAAGAUGUCAGGAGGGAAAUUCAGAUAAUGCAUCAUCUUGCAGGUCACAAAAACAUUGUGACCAUCAAAGGAGCUUAUGAAGAUUCACUCUAUGUUCAUAUCGUGAUGGAGCUCUGUUCUGGAGGUGAAUUGUUUGAUCGGAUCAUUCAGAGGGGACAUUAUAGUGAGAGGAAGGCAGCUGAGUUGACGAAUAUCAUUGUGGGUGUUGUCGAGGCAUGUCAUUCCCUUGGGGUUAUGCACAGGGAUUUAAAACCAGAGAACUUCUUGCUGGUCAACAAGGAUGAUGAUUUCUCGCUCAAAGCCAUUGAUUUUGGGCUCUCUGUCUUCUUUAAACCAGGUCAAAUCUUUACUGACGUGGUCGGAAGCCCAUAUUAUGUUGCUCCUGAGGUACUUUGCAAGCAUUAUGGGCCAGAAGCAGAUGUAUGGACGGCGGGGGUGAUACUCUAUAUACUACUGAGUGGUGUGCCACCUUUUUGGGCAGAAACACAGCAGGGAAUAUUUGAUGCAGUGUUGAAGGGACACAUUGACUUUGACUCAGACCCAUGGCCUCUAAUCUCUGACAGUGCUAAGGAUCUCAUCCAAAAGAUGCUGUGUUCUCAGCCCUCUGAUCGCUUGACUGCUCAUGAAGUACUAUGUCAUCCUUGGAUAUGUGAAAAUGGAGUUGCUCCUGACAGAGCAUUGGAUCCAGCUGUACUUUCUCGCCUCAAACAGUUCUCUGCGAUGAAUAAGUUAAAGAAGAUGGCUUUACGGGUCAUAGCAGAAAGCUUAUCUGAGGAGGAAAUUGCCGGUUUAAAAGAGAUGUUUAAGGCAAUGGAUACUGACAACAGUGGUGCAAUCACAUUUGAUGAAUUAAAGGCUGGUUUGAGAAGAUAUGGCUCCAACCUCAAGGAGUCAGAGAUCCGUCAACUCAUGGACGCAGCCGAUGUGGACAACAGUGGAACCAUUGACUAUGGGGAAUUUAUUGCUGCAACUGUACAUCUUAACAAACUGGAGCGUGAGGAACAUCUCAUUGCGGCAUUUUCGUACUUUGACAAGGAUGGAAGUGGUUAUAUUACAGUUGAUGAACUCCAGCAGGCUUGCUCAGAACAUGGCAUGACUGAUGUUCGUCUUGAAGAUAUUAUCAAAGAGGUUGAUCAAGACAAUGAUGGUAGGAUAGACUAUGGUGAGUUUGUUGCUAUGAUGCAAAAAGGUAAUCCUUUUAUUGGAAGAAGAACCAUGCGGAACAGUCUGAAUAUGAGCAUGAUAGAUGGACCAGGAGCUCAUUGAAUUCUGAUCUCACACAUCAUGAAUAGGUUAUACAGCAAGGCCAGCAAAGAUGAAUUGGCAGUGAUGAUUUUGUGGUGCAAUUUUGGUUCAUCGAUUGCUCUGAAACCUUUGUGCAUGUAACAGAAACUACUGGCAAUGAAGGUUCGGUGUUUCUGCUAGCUAUGCCUGUUUGUGGCAAAAGUAAUUGCCAACAAAAAAAAGAAGGGGGAGUGUUCUAAAAACUUCUUGAAUGUAAGUGGCCUAUUAUUGAAGGUCUCAAAAAGUUUUGUUUGGCAACCUUCUUUUUCCAGUGUCUUGUGUGUAGUCCAAUGCCUUUGAAUGAAUCAUCUGUUCAAGAA